GUGUCAGUAGUGUCAGUGCUGAGACGGGUGAUCCUAUGCACAGAGGACAAAAGGUCAGUAAAAGGAUGAGGAAUCAACACAAGGAAUAAACUCAAGUAAAAUAAUACUGAGAGUGCAACUAGCAAUUAGGCCAUGAGUGAAGGUAGAGACACGGCUCUCCUGGUGUGGUUUGAUGAGCUCACUGCAGACAGGUGUGGAGAUCAACCAGGUGAGAGCAGUCCGGCUGUCCGGGGGCACAGUGGAAGGUGGAGACAUGAUGGAGACAGGGAAAACAAAGGAACUCGGGGAAAAGCCAGAGGUCAGAGAAGUCUCAGCUGGAUACCUCAAGGAGCUGGCGGUUGGUCGCCUCAGAGUUCAGACGGAUAUCAGUGGUUGGAGGUCGACUUGGGUGGGCGGACACAAAUCACCGCUGUUGCUACCCAAGGCCGCUACGGCAGCUCCGAUUGGCUGACGGCCUACCUGUUGAUGUUCAGCGACACAGGACACAACUGGAGACAGUACAGAGAGGAAGACAGUACAGGGGCAUUUCCAGGUAACAGCAACGCAGACAGUGUGGUCCAGCACAAGCUCCAGCAUCCAGUGAUCGCCCGAUACAUCCGUCUGAUCCCCCUGGACUGGAAUCCCAAUGGUCGCAUUGGACUCAGGCUGGAGACCUAUGGAUGUCAUUACGACUCUGACGUGGUGAGCUUCGAUGGCAGCAGCAGCCUCCUCUACAGGUUGAGUCCCAGGCUGAGGCAGGUGACCAGGGAGAGCAUCUCUCUGAAAUUCAAAACGCUGAGGAACUCCGGGAUCCUGCUUCACGCCAAGGGACAGAGUGAACGCAGCCUCACCCUGGAAUUAGAGAAAGGAAAGCUUCUCCUGCUUCUCCAAGAAGGCAGGAGUUCUUCUCCUGACGGCAGGCAUCUGGUGUCUCUGGGCAGCCUGCUAGAUGACCAACACUGGCACCAUGUCGCAGUGGAGCAUCACAGCACUCACCUCAACCUCACUGUGGAUGAAAGCACACUGUGGGUGCAGAUCCCACCGAGACUCACCCACUGGGACCACGACCAGAUGAGUGUGGGAGCAGAGCAGGGACCCGGCUCUCGGAGUUCAGUCGGCUCACGCAGAAAUUUUCUCGGCUGUUUGGAAAACCUUGUUUACAACGGCAUGAAUCUGGUCAACCUCGCUAAACAGAAAGACCAGCGGGUCACCGUGAAGGGUAAUGUGACCUUUUCUUGUGCUGAACCCGUUUUUGUCGCCAUGACCUUCACCAGCCCCCAGAGCUUCCUCUGCUUGCCAGGGGCGACAGAACCGUCUUCAAUGGGCACGUCGGUGGGGCUUCAGUUCCGGACGUGGAACAAGGCAGGGCUGCUGCUGACCUUUGAGCUUCCAAAGCAAGGAUUGGAGGUCUGGCUGUACCUGAGCAAAGGCAGGCUCCAUCUACAGAGCCACAAGGCUGGCAGGGCACCACUGGAGCUCAUUGCAGGUUCAGCUCUAAACGACGGUCAGUGGCAUUCUGUGGAGCUGACCUCCAGACGAGGACAUUUGACAGUCACCGUGGACGGAGAUGACGGAGCCUCCGCACACGCAUCUCCUUCAUUUGUUGUUACCACAGGAGGUCAACUUUUCUUUGGUGGUUGCCCUAGUGAAGGGAGCAACCAGGGGUGCAAGAACCCUUUCAAGGCUUUCAGGGGCUGCAUGCGCCUGCUGACGAUGGACAACCGACCGCUGGACUUGAUCAAGGUACAGCAGAGGCUGAUGGGAAACUACAGUCAUGUGCAGGUCGACAUGUGUGGCAUCAUCGACAGGUGCUCUCAGAGUCACUGUGAACAUGGAGGCAGCUGCAGUCAAUCAUGGAGCACCUUCCACUGCAACUGCUCGAGCACCGGCUACAGCGGAGCCACCUGUCACAGCUCGAUAUACGAGCAGUCCUGCGAGGCGUACAAACACAAAGGCAACACGUCAGGGUAUUAUUACAUUGAUGUGGAUGGCAGCGGACCCAUCAGACCACAGCUAAUCUACUGCAACAUGACAGAGGACAAAACGUGGAUGGUGAUUCAGCACAAUAACACAGAGCUGACCAGAGUCCGGCCGUCGCCGGGGAAGAAUCAGCACACGGCUCACUUUGAAUACACGUCUGAGGAGGAGCAGCUGGUGGCCAUCAUUAGCCAAUCAGAGCACUGUGAACAGGAGCUGACCUACCACUGCAGGAGGUCACGCCUCCUCAAUACACCGGACGGGCCUCCACUCAGCUGGUGGGUAGGCGGUCCAGGCGGGGGACAAGAGCAGACUUAUUGGGGCGGAGCACCACCAGGCAGCCAGCUGUGUGCCUGUGGGCUGCAGCAGACCUGUGUGGACCCCAAACACCACUGCAACUGUGACGCUGACCGCAAUGAAUGGGCCAGUGACUCAGGCCUGCUGACCCAUAAACAGACCCUCCCUGUCAGAUCUCUGGUGAUGGGUGACAUCCACAGGCCUGGCUCAGAAAGCGCCUACAGGGUGGGGCAUCUCCGUUGCCAUGGAGACAAAAAUGUCUGGAACGCUGCUUUUUUUGACAAGGAGACGUCUUACCUGCACUUUCCCACAUUCCACGGAGAGCUGAGUGCAGACAUCUCCUUCCUGUUCAAAACCACCUCAUCCUCUGGGGUCUUCCUGGAAAACUUGGGCAUCAAAGACUUCAUUCGGAUCGAACUCAGCUCCUCCACUGAGGUCCUCUUUUCCUUCGACGUGGGUAAUGGUCCGUUGGAGGUUCGUGCGAAGGCCGACGUCCCGCUGAACGACAACAGGUGGCAUCGCGUUCGAGCCGAGCGUAACGUUAAAGAGGCGUCGCUUCGCCUCGAUGAGCUCCCCGCUGGCACACAGGAGGCUCCAGCUGAUGGACACAUCCACCUGCAGCUCAACAGCCAAUUAUUUAUAGGAGGCACAGCGUCCAGGCAGAAGGGCUUUCGAGGUUGUAUUCGCGCUCUGCAGCUGAAUGGCGUCACCCUGGACCUGGAGGAGCGAGCAAAGAUCACCCCCGGCGUUCAGGCGGGAUGUCCAGGCCACUGCAGCAGCUAUGGCUCACUCUGCCAGAACGAGGGUCGCUGUGUGGAGAGAACCAACAGCUUUUCCUGCGACUGCGGCCCAUCUGCUUACACUGGAGCCUUCUGCGACAGAGAGGUUUCAGCCAGCUUCAAGGCAGGAACAUCCGUCAGCUACACCUUUAACGAGCCAAACAGGAGCAGCAGCAGCAUCCUGUCCUCCUCCAUCCAUUCUGACAUGACCCUGCGAGCAGAAAACGUCUCCCUGAGCUUCAGGACCAGCCAGAAUCCUGCUCUGCUCCUCUAUGUAGGCUCCCAUCGCAGAGAGUACCUGGCUCUGCUGCUCAACAAGCACGACCAGCUGGAGGUGAGAUACCGACUGGAUGGCAGCAAAGGUGCAGAGAUCCUGAGGAGCAAAGUGAGGAACCUCGCCAAUGGUCAGCUACAUGCUGUUACCGUCAGCAGACAUGCAGAUGCUGUCUCUGUGCAGAUCGACCAGAACAGUAAAGAGGACUUCAACGUGACAUCUGAUGCAGAAUUCAAUGCCAUCAGGUGGCUGGUUCUUGGCAGAGUGCAGGACUCUGGUGAGUUGGACCCGGAGCUGUCUCGACUCGCCUCUCUGGGUUUCACAGGCUGUCUGUCUGCUGUCCUCUUCAACUCCAUCAGCCCUUUGAAAGCUGCACUGCUCCACCCAGACACCAACCCUGUCACCAUUACCGGCCCACUGGUCCAGUCCCUGUGUGGCUCCACUUCAGCCAAUCCCUACGCAGCAGAAACCACACACCACCUAUCAGGCCAGUCUGGCUCAGUGGGAACAGAUCAGCCCGUAGUCAACGCCAUCAGGAGUGACUCGGCUCUAAUUGGAGGCGUGAUAGCGGCGGUGAUCUUCGUGAGUGUGUCCGCAUUAGCCGUCAUGGCUCGUGUCCUCUACAGGAGGAAAGGGACGUGUCGGAGCCAGGAAGUAAAAACGGUAAAAACUGAAGACAAGCCCGAGCUGGCGUUCAGCGGCUCACAGAACGGUCCGAGUGAGAACCAGCAGAAAGAGUAUUUUAUUUAGGCGGAGGUUUCGACGUGAAGCUGGCCUGCCCAGAGGCAGAGAGACCUCGUCAAGCCUCGGUGCUUUUCACCACAAACUGAGCGGGAACUCAGACUCAACAAGACAGGAAGACACAAACAGGACGAUUCACUCGUGUUCUGCCGUCUGUGGUUCAGUUUUGUUUUUGCUUCUGUGGUUUUGUAAAGACUGUAUAAAGAUGCACAAGAACAAAGUGUUGUAUUUAUAAUAUGUCAGUACUGUCAGUAGAACAGUUGUAAAUACUUAAUACUUAAAAUUAUGACUUUGUAUCAAUCAGUCUUUCCUCCAUCCUGUUGAAAUGUUUGAAAUGGUUGAAUAAAGAAAUGUAUUUUUCAUGGAGUUGCUGUGGGAGGUAAAAUGGCUUCAUUGGGUUUGACGUGAUUUAAAUGUUGGACAAUAACUGUAAUGUAACUGAGUGAGUGAGUCUGUUUAAUUCAGUUUUCAGUUUGUCGGGGACUGCGGGCCUCUUGGUGACGCUCACCUCCUCCCAUGAAAUCUGCCUUCUCAUGCAUGAAAAUCAGCCAAACUUUACACAAGUUUGGUUUAUUUUAAAGCUGCCUUCGCAACUUGCACUGUGGAUUAAUGGACCUGCUGGGGGCGCUACAGCAACUGUCUAAUUUUAAACUUUGAAAAUCCAUAACAAAUCAGUCGUACAAGCUUCUACUUUGCAAAGUCCAUCAUUCUGUUAAUUAACUAAUAAUUAAACACAUCACUUUCUACAUUUUUUGCUCACUGGACACUGGACUUGCUCCACCGUAUCUUCAAACUAUCAAAUUCUGGCAAAAUAAACCUCGAAUCAUUGUGAAUUAAUUUUUAGAAAUUCUUGAGGUACAAAGUGUCUUUAAACAUCAGUUUAUCUCUUUGGAUAAAUAAACAGACAUCUCUACUCUGUCUGCAUAAGUAGCCUUUGGUGUUUGGGGUCAUGACUUUGAGCCGUGGGUGAUGCACGAUGAACAUCUUAUUCCUUAUCAGUCAUUGUGCUGGCCAGUAUUUUUUAGUCGCCUCCCUCCUCCAGCACACCUGAUCCAAAUUAUCAGCUCAUCAUGAGACAGAAGCCUGAUAACGACUCAUUCAUUUGAAUGAGGUGUGUGAGAGCAGGAAACCAGCUAAAACAGGCAGGGCAGGACUGAAACACUGCAUCACAGACACAUGAUUUUAAAGAACUGAGGUCCAGGUUAUUCUACAGAUGAAACCUCCUGUAUGUCUUCUUUAUCUUAUCUUAUCUUUAUCUCCUCAAGUCUCACUGAUUCACUGCUGCAGUAUGAUUUGUUUGUUUGUUUGUUUGUUUGCGACUGUAUGAUCCGUGGAAAAGCAAAACGUAUCCGUUCACACCAAACGUUUCCUGUUUUCUCAUAAAGUCUUUGGGUUUUAUUCACCUUGUUUCUCUUGCUUUAUGUUACAGCUCAUAGCAAAGCUCAGCUCACAUAUUAUUUUCUUGAUUUAUUUUGAAUUGCCUCUCCUGCCUCCAGCUCCCAGUGCAGUUUUGAAUAGUGAAGGCAACGAGACGGACACGAUUACUGUUUUUAUUGUGGACAACAAAAUACUCCAGCAUUUGUGUUCCCAGCAUCAUUCAAACUAAAACACUUUAUUUAUGUUUUAAACACAAAAGCCGUUUUCUGAACGACAGAGUCAAAGAUGCAAAAUGUAUGAAAAUGUGAAGAUAAAAAUGAUGUUGUAUCAACUGAUGGACAGCAGAGGAUUUCAUGGAAAGUGACCACAGUGUAACAGAAACAAUGUAAGAAUAAAGUGGUGUGUUUGCAUGCUGGAGUUUAAGCAAAAGACUGAAAUUUAAAAAUUUGAUUUGAUUAUCAGAAUUGGUCACAUUUUUAUCACAAAAUCCAGUGUCUGCAGAAAAACUUUCAUAGUGAGUGAAAAGCCUUCAUUAAAAGGCCCCCCAGCCAACAAACUAAAAUCUGACGUCUAAAAGUCAUUGACUCAUAUUAACAUGGCAAGCUGGGAAACAGA